GCGGAAUACGGUAGCAACGGAGUGAUCGAUCCUCCGUCCGGAAAAGAUGAUGCUCUCGACCUUUCCGCCACAGACUCCAGUGUCCACUACUCAGGUGAAUUACAAUUUUACCCCUCCGUUCCUCUCUAAUGGCGGCAAAUACGGUUGCCGCGCCACCACCAACACGUCGGCUCAGCGACCGCUGUUCGUCGCGGCGACUGCUUCCACCUCUAUCCGCCAAGUCAGCUGCGCGUCUGACGGCGAUGAUACCUCGCUGGAGGAGGAGGAGGAGGAGGAGGAUGCCGCGGUGUCGUCGGCGGAUGCCGUGGUGGCGAUGAUACGCGCGGCUUCCACUUCGACGGUGGAGUUCACGCAAACGAUAGAGAAGAGCGGCGCCGGCCGCGGCGGCUCGAAGAGUAAAGCGUUGGUGUUGCCGAGUCAGGAUUUUCAGCGGCUUUGCCUCGAGCAGCUCCAUCUCUUUCGCCGAAUCGUCGAUCCUGAUGCUCUUCUAUCGGUCUAUGUCCGACCAGCCGAUAGUUAUGUCAUGGAUCGGUUGGAGUUGCGUCGUAUAACUUUAUAUCCAGGCGUCCAUUCCGCUGAUAUUGUGGUUUUGGUUUGUAAUUUUGGUGUGCCGGCGGGAUUGAGAGUGGCAGAGGCUGCAAUUAUGAGUCAACAGGCAGAAUUUUUUCCUGAGCUUGGUGCUGUGGUAUUCCCAAUGGUUACGCAUCCAUUUAUUGUUGGCUUCUUAGUUGCUGAGUUCCCAAAGAUGUUCAUGGAAAAGGAAUGGCAUGAUGUAAAAGAAGAUUCAUUUUCGAGAACCCAUAGCCCGGAUCCCCUGCCAUUGGAAGUACAAACCUUUGAAGAUCACUCAGUUGGCAUGCUAAAGUUUUCCUCUGAACAAAAACUAAAUGCGAUAAAUAUCACUCGUUCACUAGCCAUGGCUUAUGUCAUGGAUCAGAAAGCAAUGCUACUGCAGCAGUCAGCAUGGCAAAACAAUGUCAGGAUGAGUAAUUUGGUUGAGCAAAUUCGAGGUUCUCUUUCAGGCAUUCAUACUUUAAGCAAAAUGUUAUCUAUUCAGUUGAAGAGAAGCGAGAUUGCACAUGACAUUGUUGAUGACAUUCUAGUGCAAGGUGAUCAUAUUAGAGAUGCUCUUCAACAAUUACAGGAUGCUGUCUACUUGACAAAGGCCAACAUACUGCGUUAUAACAAUGAAUCACUAAAAAAGAUCCAGCAGUCAUCUGACACAUUGCCGGAGGAAGGCACACAGUUGUCCAAUAAUUUAUCCAUGGAAAGUUCUGUCCGUAAGUUGCAAGAGUCUUCUGGGAUAUUGUCUAUUGCUUCAGCAGAUCAGGAUUCAGAGUUUCCUAUGCCACCUCUUGCUCUUGCAUCUUCUUACCCACAGGAAAUUAGAAGACCAUGUGAAGUUUCUGAUGUACUUCAAGAUUUGGUUGGAGCCAUAAAACCUCUUGCACAGAAGCAACAACGAGUCGUGGAACUAUGUGAUCUUUCAAGCACAUUGAAGGUUGCAGUUGAAGAACCUGCUUUGCGCCAGGCUUUGAGCAAUUUAGUCGAGGGCGCUCUGUUGCGAACAAAAGUUGGGGGAAGAAUUGACAUUGUCUCUACCAUAGCACCUGCCGGAGGUGUCCUCAUCGUCAUUGAUGACGAUGGACCUGACAUGCACUAUAUGACACAAAUGCACUCACUGACACCAUUCGGGCCAGAUCUAUACGGCAAAGAUAGGAUCGAAGAUAACAUGACAUGGAACUUCAUUGCCGGGCUGACUGUUGCCCGUGAAAUACUCGAGGGGUAUGGUUGUGUCGUCCGUGUAAUUUCUCCGAGAAGUGCAGGUCCAGUUCUUGGAGCAGGUGGUACUCGUGUCGAGAUAUGGCUGCCGUCGUUCCCGGCUGCUGAUGCACAAGGCAUUGGUGAGGAUGCCUAGGAAAAGCUAUGGAAUUAAGAUGCUCUAUUGGGUAAGUGAUUCUUAAUUUGCUAUUCUUCUAUUGUUGAUCGAAAUGGUUAAAUGUACGUAUGUAUCUAUCUAUCAUUGUGCAUAUUUAUGUAUAUGAUUUUAUAUAUUAUAAAUAUAUAUAAUUUUUUAUAUUAAAGCUUGUAUUGAUUAAUGAA